GCGCGCCGUUGUCGCCGGCCGGCCGCCAGUCGAUCGCGGAACGUCUCUAGAGCCGUACGUGUGCUGUUGUGACAAAACACUCGUUGCGAUCGUAACGACGCGCGUCGUAAACAAAAUUGAACCGAUUUUACCACACCGUUCGUUUACGUUUUACUCUUCUCUUAGCGUCUGAACCCUUGUUAUUUACCAAACUAGAGUAGGAAAAAUGUGUUGGAUUUAUGUGUCUUCUACAAAAGUGAUUGAACAGGUGCAGCCCGCGAGCGGCAGAUAGUGUUGCGGUCAGACCGCUAGUGAACUCAGUGACUGUGUGAACGUUGUCGCGGUUGAACGCCGCUGUAGGGAUUUGUAACAAGCAGCCGCUCUGUGCGGCCGAGCAUGACGAUGGACCAGCAGGCAGGCCUCAUGUCUCUUAACAUGUCCCCGUUCGAUCUAAGUCCAGGCCCUGAGGGCUCGGGCUCGGGAAGUGGACCCUCGGGAGCCUCACAACAAUACGUGCCUCAAGGCGCAGCGUACCAAUGCACGUCAGACCAACAGCCUUUUGGCUACGCAAAUCUGGAUGCUUCUUAUUUAUUUCCAACAGGUACAGGCAGCGAACCCGGGUCCUAUUUGCCAACAGCUGGCAACGUUUGCGAUCAAACAGAUACGAAGGACGUGAUCGAAGAACUGUGUCCUGUUUGUGGAGAUAAAGUUAGCGGCUAUCACUACGGCCUGCUCACUUGCGAAUCCUGUAAAGGCUUCUUUAAAAGAACAGUACAGAAUAAGAAAGUGUACACCUGCGUCGCAGAACGAGCAUGUCACAUUGACAAAACACAGAGGAAACGUUGCCCUUUCUGCCGCUUCCAAAAGUGCCUCGAUGUAGGCAUGAAACUUGAAGCUGUACGAGCGGAUCGCAUGCGAGGUGGUCGCAACAAGUUUGGUCCCAUGUACAAACGCGAUCGUGCCCGCAAAUUACAAAUGAUGAGACAAAGGCAAAUAGCAGUGCAGACACUACGUGGCUCUCUAGGUGAGGGCGGGCUUGUACUUGGAUUCAGCUCGCCGUAUGCUACUGUGCCUGUAAAGCAAGAAAUUCAGAUACCCCAAGUUUCGUCGUUAACGUCAUCACCUGAAUCUUCACCGGGUCCAGCGCUGCUGGCUGCCCAAACCCAAGCGCCGCAGCCACCGCCUCCCCCGGCUCACGACAAGUGGGAAACUCACUCGCCGCAUUCUGCGUCACCGGACGCAUUCGCCUUCGAGACGCCCGCGACCACCACACCCUCCAGCACCGCCGAACCUACCAGCACCGAAACUCUUCGAGUUUCACCCAUGAUUCGCGAAUUUGUUCAAACUAUUGAUGAUCGAGAGUGGCAAAACUCCCUUUUCGGACUCUUGCAGAGCCAAACAUACAACCAGUGUGAAGUCGAUCUCUUCGAAUUAAUGUGCAAAGUGCUGGACCAAAACUUGUUCUCUCAAGUGGAUUGGGCGAGAAACACCGUGUUCUUUAAGUAUUUAAAGGUCGAUGACCAAAUGAAGCUGCUGCAGCACUCGUGGUCGGACAUGCUGGUUCUUGAUCAUCUGCACCAGAGGAUGCAUAACGGGUUGCCUGACGAGACCACACUUCACAACGGACAGAAGUUCGAUCUUCUCUGCCUGGGUCUCCUCGGUGUCCCCUCCCUCGCUGAGCACUUCAACGAGCUGCAAAACAAACUCGCUGAAUUGAAGUUUGACGUACCGGACUACAUCUGCGUGAAAUUCUUGCUUUUACUUAAUCCUGAAGUGAGAGGCAUUGUCAAUGUAAAAUGCGUCCGAGACGGCUACCAGACGGUUCAAGCUGCUCUUCUCGACUACACGCUUACCUGCUAUCCGACGAUACAGGAUAAAUUUGGAAAAUUGGUGAUGGUGGUCCCAGAGAUACACGCGCUGGCGGCCCGGGGAGAGGAACACUUAUACCAGCGGCACUGCGCCGGCCAGGCCCCCACACAGACGCUCCUCAUGGAAAUGUUACACGCUAAGCGCAAGCCCAAUGGAGCCGAAAUGGUUAACCGGAGUGCGGAUCACACCUCGACUCUAGACAGAUUGUGCGGUUUCCUGCCGAACGACACGAUUGAGCCGCAUUCGCCCAUAUAGAAUCCUGAAACACCAGUGAAGAGUAAUUGGAGGAUCGCAAACGCGCCAAGCGCGCCCCUACACCUACAUGAAUUAUCAUAAAAAUAUUACUUAUUAUUUUAGGUUUAGACUUUAACUUGGUGUGUGAUUAAACGUAAUAAGUUAUUUUGCGCCGAGCGCCUGCCGUCGGCACUGCGCGCCUAGUCCCGAUACAGAUAAGACCUUUGUUUAUCUGCAUAAUCUCUGUAACAUAAACAUACAAAAAAAUAUUUAACAACUCUUGUAGCUACCAUUAAUUUAUUGAGCAGUGUAAAAACGGUGUAUCGAUAUUUCAUAUAAGUACCUACCUAUGUUAGAUAAACUAGCUUGUCUUAACUAUGAUGCGUGUAGCGAUGGAAAAUAUUUCAAUACAUAUUUUAGGAAAGCGUCUGUGAUUAUAAACGAAGAAAUUUGAUGAACCGUUUUAAUGUUAGUUGAGAUGAUCAUGUUAUGUAUAAAUAAUAGUUUUAUGCCGAUGUCGUAACGCGGCGAGGCUCGGGGGCUCGCCGGCCUCGCCGCGGCGUUUCACUUUACUUAUAAAAACACAAUUGUUAAAUUGAGACUUAAGCAGUUAAGGUUGGAAUGUAUGAGCCAUGUUUAGUUUACUUGUCUACUAGCUGUAAAAGUUCAGCGUGUUUUUCGUUCGUCGACACGCAUGCAUUAGUAUAGCCACUUUAUAUUUCCAGGGUUGCGAAGGACCCAUCGUACACGAAAAAAAAACCUCAUUUGAUUUUAAAAUGUUUUGUAUACAAUAUAAUUUACAAAUUGUAUAUUGUUUGUUAAACUAUAAAUUUGAUUUUUGGACGAACGGGUACCGGUACUUGUACAUAUGAGUUGUACCACGAGUCUUCCCUCCGACUAGACCAAUGCACGUGUGUCACGUAAAGAAUCGGCAGAUAUGUGUUUAAUAUAGUUAUUGGAAUGAAAAUAUUUAAGAUUAUAUUGAAGUUGAUGUUUUAACAUUAAAAUUCUCUAUAUGUAUAUCAUUAAGACGUAAGAAUUGCAUCAUGAAAAAUCAAGUUAAAAUUUACAGUUGUUUCAUUAAAAUGUUUAUCUAAAUGUUAUGAAGAAUUAUCUGUAUUGAUUUUAUCGGCCGUACCAGUACAAAUAAUUAUUAAUAAAAAUCUCUGUAAAUAUGAUAAAUAGAACGUAACAGUGAUUAAUGCUACUUAUAUUGUAAUUAUGUAAAAUAUUUCUCAAAUACGUGCAAGAAGCCUUAAAAAUCAUAGAUUUUUAAUAAAUAUGGGUACUAGCGUCUACAGGUCUUUGGACGGAAUGGACGAUGUAUUUUUAUAAAGCAUAUUGUUCUUUAUUAACAUAUAUAAUAUGUUAACUGAAAGUACAUUAUUUCGUAUUUUUCUAAAAUAAAUAUAGUAGUGUACGUAUUUAAUUAUAUUGAUCAACUUUUAAUGUGGAAACAGUUAUACAUACUGUAUUAAAAUAAUAUUAUAAUAUAGUGUUAUCAUUGUGUGAUACCUGCGUACAUAUGCGUUACAAAUUUGAUUUGAGAACGUUUUAUUUUUAUAUUUAGGCAACAGUUGAUAGGAAAACAAGGGCCCGUCAAGCGCGCUCGAGCCGUGAGUCCAGCAGAGUUCAUUGCUAAUAUCACUCGUAAAUCAAAACUCGUUCUGUUAAAUACGCCACCGUCGGCUUCAUAGAUAACUAUUUCAAUCGACGAUUGAACUUGACGAGGCUCUUGUACAUUUGGGUACUAAGGUAUGUGAUUGACAGUUUGCGUUUGAAGGUAAUGUUCACAUAUUAUAAUUAUGAAAUUUAUUUACGGUAUUGCCGCACCAAGUGCGAAUGUUUAGUUGACCGCAUCAACGAGUUUGUAGCAUGAUAGGUUUAUGAGUAAAAUUUCCGUUUAUUUUAAUCUAGGCUUGAAUGAUUGUAAUUUAGAAAAAUGGCACCAUCAUUUAUCUUUAAUACCGUCCAGUGAUAACUAAUUUUAAUGUCACGACUUAAAUAACAUUUUUUAUAAAUUGAUUCAACUAGCAUUAUUUUAUUAAUCACGUCGUUCGAUGACAAUUUGAAUCGGGCUGCAGUCGCGUCGUACAGACAAUUUAUUGUUAGAAGAUAAAGUUGGACAAUAGAAUGGAAAUUAGUACCUGGUGUAUAGUGUAACAUAUGAAAUAAAACCCAACUCUGAUAAAGUUCCUUGAAAUGUGGUGAUGUUAUCAACGUUUAAAAGUAAUUUGAUUCGUCGACACUGUUUCAAUAAGUGCAUAAUUUUUCAUCGUAUCGCUUUUGUUUUCUUGGCUUACUCAUCUCAUAUCUUGGCUGAAUAUGUGGCUACGGAAUCGCCUAAACCCCGCGUGUGCGUCUUGAUAUUUAAACAAAUAGCCUAUUAUAAAUUAAGUGAAGCUGCUGUUCUUUUUAGAGAUAAUAUAUGUGUAGAAGGAAAGUAUAAGUAUAUGAAUGUUUAUAAUUCGUCCACUGUUAUUUGUUUCGUCCCGCGCUUCUCGUUUAUAACUUGUAACAAUUCUGACGGACAGACUACGCACGCAGCUUCACAAGCUUUAGACGCUUUAUCGAAUGCAAAGCUGAUCUGUGAUGGUAUGACAUAGUUAGGUACAUAUAGGCUGUGUGGGUUUUACCUGUCCGUACUUUAGGGGCAGAGCGACAUAUUGUGACCAAUUAUGAAAUAACUUCAACUUGUCCAUAUCCGCUUUAGAAUUUGGCUUAUUCUAUACUAAAAUUUGUUGAUAUAAGAUAAAAGUGGCUCUUUUUUUAAAUAUAAAUUAAGUUUCAUUAAUCUCCCUAUAAAAACGAUGUAAUUGCAUAGAUGACCAUGUUGUUAGAUAUAUACUUCCCACAUUACCAUUUUAGGUUACCAUUUUUAUACAGUAUUUAUAUAUUAUAUUUAUACUAAUAUUGCUAUUAAAAAGAACAUAAUACAGUAUUAUUAUUUUUUUGAUUCUUGCACAUUUGAAAUACAAUUGUAGUCAAAUGAUCGCGCCACUAAAUAUCGAAGAACUAUAUCAAUAUUAAAAUUAACUGUUACCAUUUAUGUAUAUUCGUAUUUUUUAUUUCGCUUUCACGUAUUAUAUAUUUAGGUUUAUGUUAUCAAAGGCGAGUGUUAAUAUACUCAAAUCAAAUGAUAUCAUAAAAACAUGAAGUAUGUAUAAUUGUCUAAUUAGCUUAAGUAUAUUGCCGUACAUAUACAUAAGUAAAUAUUUUAAACGAAAUAAAUGUAUUUUGAAUUAUAUUCGACACAUCAGUGGUGAUACAAAAUGAGGUCUUGUGCCAUUAGUUAAGUGUUUUGUACAGGGUUAGUAGCCGUGGUCUGCCCUUCCGGCAAGCCAGUCGCAUACAACGCUUUUUAUUUAACGUAAAUAUUUGUUUACGUUUUCAUUUAAUUUAUUAAAGAUACUUAGACAAUAACAAUUUUUAAGGUGCCAGUGUUCAAUAUUUUAUAUCCAAUUACCUGUCCGAUCGCUACUCUGUGUCACGCGUUUCAUAUAUACUUUGACAAACUAACAAUCAUAAUACUAUUUAUUGAAAUCAACAUAAUUAUACAUAUGCUUAUAAUGUUAAACCUACUGUCUACUUUUAAGGUUAGGUUGUAAUAUACAAAAUAUGUUGUACUUUAGCGGUCGAAUAAGUAAUAUACAUCUAUAUUUAUGAAUUUAAAUUGAUAAGUAUUUUGAAGUGGUAAGGUACACGCUGAGUGUUAUUUGUAAAUGUAAAUGUUGGUGUUAAGAGUUUAGAUAGUCGCACACGCGAGCGCGGGCGAGCGUUGGGUGGCGGGCGAGUCACGCAUGCGUCGUAAGCACCGUACUCGCACUCGCCCACACCGGCCACUGUUUCUUCGCUCAGAUUCGUUCGCGCAUUCGUUGUGUCCGGUGGCGGUCGCAUUAUUUCUACACUUUAAAACUUUAGUCUCUCAUCAUCACAUAUUUCAUUCGACGAUAAUUUACAAUACUUUAGGCGAUCGGUUACUGGAUGGGAUUGUAUGCGUCACACACAUUCCAAAAUAACACUGAUAGUAACGCUUAGUGACGCUCGACGUACGCGUUACAAUUUGUAAGUUAACCACUUUGUUGUUCAUUAACGAUAAGUUAGAUUUAAUCUCAGUCGAUGUUGUUUAUUUUAGUCUGUGUAUAGUAUUCUAUCGGUUUAAGUUGAUGUGAGGACGUGAAUUUGAGCGAAUCGACAGGCCAAAGCCUGAAGGGUUCAUAUUAGUUGUAAUUUUUAUGUACCUAAGUGAUUAUUUCUGUUGCACCUAACUUUAUUUUGCGAGCCGUGUUAGUUGUAUUCUAUUAAGUAAUUGUACAUAUAGCUAGGGCGAGGUAAACAGAGUUUUGAAUCAUCGUAAAUGGUUAUCGUUGAAUCUAUGGGGCUGGCAAAAUACCAAUGCAAUGUCGCAUUUGCUGUUAAAUAAAUCUAUCUAUAGAUGUAAUACGACUAUUUAUGUUUCUUCACUGUUUAUAAGGCAACCGUGAGGCCACAAUUCUGGUGUUCGGGCUCUGGUUUUUUGAAGAUGCGUGACAGCUCCGUCUAAUUUAUACGCAGUGCGAAAACUGUUAGGUUCAUUUAGUUGCCAGAGCACCUAACAUCGAAAACACGCAAGUCGGAACGCGUCCCUCGCAUCUCGGUCCAGUGACCUUUUUAAUUAUUAUUGUAAAUUUAUAGUACAUAUAUUAAGUCCCCACAUAAAGUAAGCAACAAAAGUAAAUGUGAAUCUGCUUCUAUAUUAACUGAACACAGGAAACAAGAAUCUGAAAUUCUUAUUAAAAUUGUUCAACAAACUGACAUCACCUUAGACAUCACUAAAUAAAUUACUAUUGGAAACAGCGCGAACAAUAUAUUAUUUUUAAAUUGUAAUUUUAGCGACUUUAAGUUUUAAUAUUAUGUUCGUUUGUACGCUGAAGGGGCGAUAGAAGAUACAUGAGCUGUGUGAAGUACUUACUAAAAUAUGUGUCGUUCAGUUAAUACUGAAGCAGUUAAAAUUACCUUAACAUUGUACCGCGUCAUUACCUCACAUAUUAUCUUUUGUACAUUUCAAAAUAAUAGUUAUUGUUGUCAUUAUAUUUUAAACUAAUUUUAUUGUCUAUUUUAUUUUGAAGUUUCAAAUUGAAAACACGACAAUGAUCUAUUUUUAGAAGGCCACUUAGAUACAUUUAUAUGGCGGUGUCACUCGUGUAUCGUCAGUAUAUUUAUUUUCUUUGUGAUUAAUAAAUAUUGUGAGACGCACGUACGCCGGUGGCGCUUGCUCGCGCUGCCGACCGUUAUUGUAGAAAUAAAUAAUAUUUUCGUUUAAA